AUGAAUAAUAACUGUAUGAAUCAAUUGACAAUCACAUUCUUGGGUACACAAUCAACGGGAAAAACGGCACUUAUACAGCAGUAUAAAUAUGGUAGAGCUAUUACAAUUCACAACCCAACAGUAGACUCUGAGGAAAAGUGUAACAUUGUUAAUCCAAGUAAUUCACUAGACUCAAAAAUUGCGAUACUCUUAGACUCUUCUGGUGAUUAUUUGUACCAAACGAUAACUGAAAAACACAUUCUAAGAAGCGACGUGUUAGUUUUAGUAUAUUCUAUUACAGACAGACAGAGCUACAGUGAAGGUAUUGAAAUACUCACUGAAGCUUUGUUUACGUACAACAGAAUGUUCCCAACAAACAAUCCACAUGUAGUUGUUGUUGGCAAUAAAAUCGAUUUGUCUAAAGCUAAAAGAGAGAUAUCGACUACAGAAGGACAACAACUUGCGGAUUCUUUCAAAAACUCUUCAAAAAGUACCAAAUUUUUCGAGACCUCUGCACUGAAGAACACGAGUGUUACUAAUUUGUUUGAACACUUUUUAUUAUUAGAUGUUGUCCCUCAAACGACAGAAGUUGUUUUAAACGAGCCAUUGAAAAAUAAGAAGCGAUCUUUGUCCUUCAAAAAGUUAUCUCUGUUUUCUUUCAAAAAAGAUGAAGACUCCCACAAAAAGAGUCUUCUUUCAUUCCUUACUCCUCGAGGUCGAUCGAAGGUAUAA